AUGCAGACGUGCCCGCGCGGCCCGCCCGCGAUCAACGCGGCAGCCCCGCAGUCAACGGGCAUGCGCGCCAUCCGCGCCGCGUCGCACCCGUCGCGGAUCCACCCCCCACGUCCCCCGCCCCACGCCAGCCCGCACCCGUCGCAGCCCCACCCCCCACAUCCCCCGCACCAAUCACGCCGCCCGAGGUGCGCAUGCACGCAGGCGGUUUCACGCGCGUGCCCCGGCGUCCCACCCGCCAUCUCCCCUCCCCCGCAUCGCUGCCGCCUGCCGCCGCUGUCGGCUCCUCGCUUGCCGAGCGACCGCUGCCGCCUGCCGCUGCACCUGCCGGACGCCACCGCUGCCGCCUGCCGCCGCUGUCGGCUCCUCGUCUACCCGACGCCACCGCUGCCGCCUCCUCGCCUGCCAGCCGACAGCCCCGCCGCCUGGCAUGCCCCCUCCAGACGCGUCGUUCGCGGCGGCCGAGGGUCAAAGCGCCUGCACGCCUGCCGCGCGGUCAUUAACAUGCCGACGUUAAUAGCCCCGGCGUCCCGCCCGCCACCUCCCCUCCCCCGCAUCGCUCCGCCCGCAGCCCGCCGCUUUAUAAAGGCCCAGCUCGUCCCUCCGACGCCCACACCGUCCUUCCCACGCCCACACCCGCACCCAUCCCACCGACGACCACCGUCGAUGGCGUUCUUCCGCGGCAGCAGCAGCACCGUUGGCGGCGACGACGACGACGACAAACCCGGUGCAUGGCCGACGAGCAUCGGAGUGUCGUAG